UUUCUUUCGUUUUUAUUAGUUCUUCCUCAUUUUCUCCAAACUUGGUCAACCUUCUCAAAUCUUGCCAAAUCAAUGGACCAAAGACCUCUUGGAUUGCUAACGAUUCACGUCAAAAGAGGUAUCAAUCUCGCCAUUCGCGACCACAGAAGCAGCGAUCCGUAUGUUGUCAUUACCGUCGCCGAUCAGACAUUGAAAACACGUGUGAUAAAGAAAAACUGCAAUCCAGUAUGGAAUGAAGAAAUGACUGUCGCAAUCAAAGAUCCCAAUGUCCCUAUCCGUUUGACAGUGUUUGACUGGGACAAGUUCACUGGAGAUGACAAGAUGGGAGAUGCAAACGUAGACAUUCAAACAUACUUAGAGGCUCUCAAAAUGGGGAUGGAGCUUUUGAGGCUCCCUAAUGGAUGCGCUAUCAAAAGGGUUCAGCCAUCAAGGCAGAAUUGUUUAUCAGAUGAAAGUAGCAUUGUUUGGAACAAUGGUAAGAUCACGCAAGACAUGCUCCUUAGGCUUAACAAUGUCGAGUGCGGUGAGAUUGAGAUCAUGCUUGAAUGGCAUGAAGGUGCUGGUUGCAGAGGUGUGACUUCCUCUUCCAAAGGAGGAGUCUCUUCCUCUACCUAAGAAAUGUUUGUUGUUGUUGUUGUUGAUGUUGUAUACCGGAUGAGCGAUCAGUUGUUGUUGUUUCGAUUUGUAUAAGAGAUACAAAGCAUGUUUUCUUGAUGACCAUUUCAUUCAAUUAGAAAAUUUGGAGGAUUUGAGUCUU